AUGGAGCAAUAAAAACAAAUAUUUUAUAAUCUUACUGAUUUUUUAAACUCUGAACCAUCAUCUAACACAAACGUGAAUCUUUAUCUUAACUAAAAAUAAAUAAAUGAUGAAGAUUUAUUAAAUUUAAGUUCUAUUUUAGAAAAGUGUAAUAAUCUUUAAACUUUUGCCCUUCAGCUUACAAGAAAUAUAUUUGGCACUUAAGGUGUAUCCAGCUUAGGUUCUGCUUUAGUAAACUGCCACUCUCUCUAAUCUCUAGACAUAAAUUUCUACUAUAACUUAAUAAAUGCAUAGUGUGUAUCAGAUUUUAUUUCAAGUCUAGAGAAAUGUGCUCACCUUUAAAAACUGAGCCUCUAUGCUGACUGCAAAGUUGAUGAAUAGACCCCCCAAAAUAUGUAUUCUUCUCUUGCAAAUUGUAGAAAUCUUUCAUCUAUAACACUCUACUUAGAGGAUAGUAAUAUUGGUGAUUAAUAAAUAUCAAAUUUAGGAUUUGCUUUAAUGAAUCGCAGUUAACUCUCAACAUUCAAGAUCUAUCUAUACAAAAAUAAUAUUGGUCCAUAAGGGAUUUUAAACUUGGGUUCUGCUUUAAAAACAUGCCCUUAUCUAAAAAAAUUAGUUCUCAACCUUAGUACUAAUUAAAUAGGUGAUAAGGGAAUAUCAGACUUAGGUUCUUGUCUACUAAGCUUCCCUAAUCUCUCUUAGUUAAAACUCAACCUAAACCAAAAUUAAAUUGGUGAACAGGGUGUGCGAGAGUUAUUUUUUGCUUUAACAAACUGCAAUAAUCUCUAUUCUUUCGAUUUUAAAUUUGGCAUUCUAACGAGUGCCUAAGACAUUUUUCAAAACCUAUGCUCUGGUUUAUGCAAAUUUAUUAGGCUCUAAAAAUUGAAAAUCAAACUUAUUAAUGACCUUAAUCAUACAUAAAAAAAUAAAUUAAGAGCUAAGAUUUGGAAAAUGAAGAGGUUAGUUGUAAAAAAACUCUUUUUAUGA